AUGGGAAUCCUCCUGUUUUUUGUGCUGUCACUCUGCUUACGCCACUCCUCCAGUCAGUCAGUGACCCAGAGCCCGAAUGCGGUGACUGGAAAACAGUGUCAGUCCGUCACCAUCACCUGCCUUUUCCAAGAAGGUUCCAUUGGCAGGUACGAAUAUAAUGUAGGACGUUUCUUCAAGCAAGCGCAACCCGGUGCUAAACGGCAACCGAUCACAACAGGUGGACGGUUUGUUGUGUCGUCCAAUAAAGCGGAAAAUACAUUUACGGUGAAAAUUAUUCGUUUGAGAGUUGAGGACAUGGCCACAUAUAACUGUCAAGCUGAGUACAAGCGGGGCACUGUGGACUAUUGGGACACCUACUGUCAGGAUGGGACGGGGACGACGGGGACUGUCACAGCCGAUUCAAUUUCCGCGUGUUUCCAGAGUCCGCCUCAACAAUCCUCUCUUUCUGGUGACACUGCCACCCUUAACUGCGUAUAUUCCGGAUUCUGCUCGUACACAGUACACUGGUACCGGCAGUUCCCAGGGCAGGCUCUGGAAUCCCUGCUCCAAACACAUACUUCAGGAAAGCAAGAUGAGGAAGAGGCUGCCGAAGGUCGUAUUUCCGGUUCUCUCGAUCCUGCCCAGAAAAUCAGUCAGUUAACGCUACCCGAAGUACUGCCGAGUGGAAUAGUGGAGUGCGCCAUCUGGCGGCUCCGUGCACAAUUGCAUGCGGUGUGUUUUUGUGCGUAUCCGCCGUGUUUCUUCAGCAACGUGGAGUCCAUUGCACAAAGAUACGUGGCGGAGUCGAUAAUCCCGGACGCGCGGAUGAUUAACUGGGUGGUUUUUGCAGCCUUAUUGUACGUGGAAGAGAAUCGUAACAAGCUCCAAGAAAUAAAUUUGGAGACGGAAAUACUAACCGAGCAGCGAUGUAACGACGAAGAACGGAGCGAUGAAGAUCCGCAUGAUGUUUCCUUGUCCACAGGCCAGGAAACCCACAGUCGGAGCACAAUUGUUGGAGCUUCACCCCCCCGGUCCCCGAUGAAAGGUCCAAAUACGAGCAGCCACCCGCCGUAA